AUGUCCGAGCAACAACAACAAAAAUCUCAAGCCGACCCGGUCUUUGCACCGAGUACCGUCUCUACCCCACAACCACUCUCCCAUCCCCAUCACAACAACAUCAACAACAUCAACAACAUCAAUAAACCUUCAUCAUCUUCAUCUUCAUCUUCAUCUUCAUCUUCAUCAUCUUUCAUUCAAUCCAUUCUCUCAAACCCAUCAGUCGAUCGUACUCGCCAACUACUUUCUUACCCUACAGUUUCUUCUUUCCUCGCAGGUGGUGUUGCAGGAGCUGUUUCCCGUACUGUCGUUUCUCCCUUUGAACGUAUGAAAAUUAUUUUCCAAAUUCAAGGCCCUGGUGCCGCCGGACAAUACCAAGGUGUCAUCCCGACUCUUAAAAAAAUGUGGGCUGAAGAAGGUUGGCGUGGAUUUAUGCGUGGUAAUGGAACAAAUUGUAUUCGCAUCUUCCCAUAUAGUGCAGUCCAGUUCUCCACUUAUACCGUCCUCAAGUCUUAUAUCGUUACCUUAAGACCUGUCGUCAAUAGCCAGCAUCAUAAUCAUCAUAUUUCUUCUACUACUACUACUACUACUACUACUACUACUACUUCUUCUUCUCAAACUGAGCUUUCAGGACCUCGUGCAAAAAUCGCUUCCUCUGUCGAUAAUGUAGGCGGCCGUUCUCUCACAACCCCAGAACGUCUUGCAGCUGGCUCUAUAGCUGGUAUCGCUUCCGUCGCUGUUACUUAUCCCCUCGACAUUAUCCGUACCCGUCUCUCCAUUCAAACUGCUUCUAUCGGUAACUUGCGUGCUCAUUAUGCCGCUCUGGGUGUCGCACCACCAGGCAUCAUGUCUGUAGGCCGCCAGAUUUACGCUGUUGAAGGAGGCUGGCGUGGUCUUUAUCGUGGAAUUAUCCCUACAACAAUGGGUGUGGCCCCCUAUGUUGGUAUUAACUUUGCAGUUUACGAAUGGCUUCGUGAAUUACUUGUAUCUACAAACGCUGGCAAAGAACCUUCCGCUCUUGAGAAACUCGGUGCUGGUGCAGCUGCAGGUGCCGUCGCACAAACUCUUACUUAUCCCUUCGACGUCCUGCGGCGCCGCUUCCAAGUCAUCUCAAUGGACAAGAGUGCAGGCAUUGGAUAUCACUACUCUGGCGUCGGUAACGCCCUUUCCACUAUUGUCCGUACUGAAGGUUUCUGGGGUCUUUACAAGGGUCUUUCUGCAAACCUUCUAAAGGUCGUCCCCUCCAUGGCUGCUAGUUGGCUUUCCUUCGAGCUUGUCAAGGAUUGGUUGGCUUAUUAG